ACGUCGCGGGCAAUUUGAAAUGAAACAGGGCGUGUAGCUUUGCAACAGAGUUUAUUGUGAGCUGUUUACUACUCGGUGCAAGCGGGAAGUUGGGUUCUACUCAGAGUUAACUCAGAAUGGCCGACGACGAGAUUGCCGCUCUGGUGGUGGACAACGGCUCUGGCAUGUGCAAAGCCGGGUUUGCGGGAGACGACGCCCCCCGUGCGGUGUUCCCCUCCAUCGUGGGGCGGCCCAGGCACCAGGGAGUCAUGGUGGGGAUGGGCCAGAAGGACAGCUACGUGGGAGACGAGGCCCAGAGCAAGCGAGGCAUCCUGACCCUGAAGUACCCCAUCGAGCAUGGCAUCGUCACCAACUGGGACGACAUGGAGAAGAUCUGGCACCACACCUUCUACAAUGAGCUGCGGGUGGCCCCUGAGGAGCACCCGGUCUUGCUCACUGAAGCGCCUCUCAACCCCAAAGCCAACCGGGAGAAGAUGACACAGAUCAUGUUUGAGACCUUCAACACGCCCGCCAUGUACGUGGCCAUCCAGGCGGUGCUGUCCCUCUACGCUUCGGGACGCACCACCGGGAUUGUCAUGGACUCUGGUGACGGAGUCACCCACACGGUGCCCAUCUACGAGGGCUACGCAUUGCCCCACGCCAUCCUGCGCUUGGACCUGGCCGGCCGAGACUUGACCGACUACCUCAUGAAGAUCCUCACAGAGCGGGGCUACAGCUUCACCACCACGGCUGAGAGAGAGAUCGUGAGGGACAUCAAGGAGAAGCUCUGCUACGUGGCCUUGGAUUUCGAGCAGGAGAUGGCCACCGCCGCAUCAUCCUCCUCCUUGGAGAAGAGCUACGAGUUGCCCGACGGGCAAGUCAUCACCAUCGGCAACGAGCGCUUCCGGUGUCCAGAGGCCGUCUUCCAGCCCUCGUUCCUGGGCAUGGAGUCUUGCGGCAUCCAUGAGACCACCUUCAACUCCAUCAUGAAGUGCGACGUGGACAUCCGCAAGGACCUCUACGCCAACACCGUCUUAUCCGGCGGCAGUACCAUGUAUCCCGGCAUCGCCGACCGGAUGCAGAAGGAAAUCACCGCCCUGGCCCCCAGCACCAUGAAGAUCAAGAUCAUUGCCCCUCCGGAGCGGAAGUAUUCGGUGUGGAUUGGAGGCUCCAUCUUGGCUUCCCUGUCCACCUUCCAGCAGAUGUGGAUCAGCAAGCAAGAAUACGAUGAGUCCGGCCCAUCCAUCGUGCACCGCAAAUGUUUUUAAUAGCCGUAGAUAGCCAGUAGAUGGAAUGAAGAAGCCGGUGUCGUCUACUGGAGUUGAUAGACCUUCUUUUCUUCUCUGUGUCCUAUUGUGAAAUCCCAGCAUGUCUCCUCGGGCUUUGACUCCCCGUCUCUCUCUCUUUCUGCAGCAUCUCGUCUUGUUUCCAAGCCAUCUUCACGGCCGCUCCUUUCUCUAUGUGUAGCCACAGUUCUCCUGUGACCACUUCCUCCUUCUGACCGUGGCCUCAGAGUAUAAAGCAUGGCAUUUUGUGUGUAGCUGGAAAUGUAGGCGCCGGUUCUUUCCUCAUUGCCGACUUCUGUGUCAAAACGUGCUAAUAAAAUGUACGGGAAGACAA